UGCAUUGGUGUCUGUCUCAGUAUACGUGCAUCGGUUCCAUAAAUUUGAGCUCCUCAAUGAUUAUGUUGUCAAGAAAAUAUUAAGCUAGUUAGGGAUGUAAUAGAAUGGAGAAGGAGCUGUUCCACUAACACAGUUGUUGUGCUUCAGGGACUGGUUGGGCUAUGCUUCCGGACUGAUGUUCGCUUCCCUGGCUGUGUUUAUGUUGCUUACUCGGUUUCUCAACCGAGGGCAGCCGGUCAAUGAACUGAAGGUAAUAGCACCACCACCAAUGAACACAAUGGAACAGCUUCUCGCUGUCCAGAACGCGAUUUCCCAGGUGGAGCAGCUGAUCCAGGAUGGCAACAUUGGCCUACUAAAAGUCCGAGCUCUACUGCUUUCCGUCUUUCCUCAGGCGAGCGAUAAGUUUGCAGCAGCGCUGUUGGGGAUGGGGUUAGUGCUGGCCAUCAUGCCAUUGAAGUUGGUACUUCUGUUGGGUUUCCUGGAGGUGUCCACGAGGCACUCGCCGUCAAGAAAAGAAAGCUCGGAGAGAUGUGCGAGGAGAAUGAGGGAAUGGUGGUUCAGCAUACCGGCCGCGCCCGUCGUACUUGACAGAGACAAGGAUGACAAGAAAAAGAAGUAGGCGUGACGUGAUAUGAGCUAAAACCUUGAUUACUUUCUGUCAGUGUACUUACAUGUACAGGGACACUUGUGAGUAGAACCUUUUUGUAACUGUAAAUCUCAACAGGGAUAAAUGAGAGAGAAUAGCUACAAGAAAAGUCUAUCCACUCA